CAUAGUUCACUAAACCAACUCCCGGAGUCCCGAGGAGGGGACCCUCACAGUCGUCACCAUGGUGAAGGAGCAGUUUCGAGAGACGGAUGUGGCCAAGAAAAUAAGCCACAUUUGUUUCGGCAUGAAGUCUCCAGAGGAGAUGCGCCAGCAAGCGCACAUCCAGGUUGUGAGUAAGAACUUGUACAGCCAGGACAACAAUCAUGCCCCUCUGCUGUAUGGGGUGCUGGACCACAGGAUGGGUACAAGUGAGAAGGAUCGUCCUUGUGAAACCUGUGGAAAAAACUUGGCUGACUGUCUAGGCCACUAUGGAUAUGUUGACUUGGAAUUGCCUUGUUUUCAUGUGGGAUACUUCAGAGCAGUUAUAGGCAUCUUACAGAUGAUCUGCAAAACCUGCUGCCACAUCAUGCUGUCCCAGGAGGAGAAGAAGCAGUUUCUGGAUUAUCUGAAGAGGCCCGGCCUGACUUACCUUCAGAAGCGAGGCCUGAAGAAGAAAAUCUCCGAUAAGUGCCGGAAAAAAAACAUUUGUCAUCACUGUGGUGCUUUUAAUGGUACUGUAAAGAAGUGUGGAUUACUGAAGAUAAUUCAUGAGAAGUACAAGACCAAUAAAAAAAUGGUAGAUCCAAUUGUAUCAAAUUUCCUUCAGUCUUUUGAAACAGCCAUCGAACAUAACAAAGAAGUGGAGCCUCUGCUGGGAAGGGCCCAGGAAAACUUGAAUCCCUUAGUAGUUCUGAAUUUAUUUAAACGAAUCCCAGCUGAAGAUAUCCCUCUACUUCUAAUGAACCCAGAAGCUGGAAAGCCCUCCGAUUUGAUUCUCACGCGACUUUUGGUACCCCCUUUGUGUAUCAGACCCUCUGUUGUCAGUGAUUUGAAGUCUGGCACCAAUGAAGAUGAUCUGACCAUGAAAUUAACAGAAAUCAUUUUCCUAAAUGAUGUCAUUAAAAAGCAUCGAAUAUCUGGAGCCAAGACGCAGAUGAUAAUGGAGGACUGGGAUUUCCUGCAGCUGCAAUGCGCCCUCUACAUUAACAGUGAGCUCUCAGGCAUUCCCCUCAACAUGGCACCCAAGAAAUGGACAAGAGGUUUUGUCCAACGCCUGAAGGGAAAACAGGGUCGAUUUAGAGGCAACCUCUCAGGAAAAAGAGUGGAUUUUUCUGGCAGAACCGUCAUCUCACCUGACCCCAACCUCCGAAUUGAUGAGGUGGCUGUGCCAGUUCACGUGGCCAAAAUUCUGACUUUUCCUGAAAAGGUAAACAAAGCGAACAUCAAUUUUUUGAGGAAGCUGGUUCGAAAUGGCCCUGAAGUUCACCCAGGAGCUAAUUUCAUUCAGCAGAGACAUACACAGAUGAAAAGGUUUUUGAAAUAUGGAAAUCGGGAAAAGAUGGCUCAGGAGCUCAAGUAUGGUGACAUCGUCGAGAGACACCUCAUAGAUGGGGAUGUGGUGCUGUUCAACCGGCAACCCUCGCUGCACAAAUUGAGCAUUAUGGCUCAUCUGGCCAGGGUCAAGCCUCACCGGACCUUCAGAUUUAAUGAGUGUGUCUGUACACCCUACAAUGCAGAUUUUGAUGGCGAUGAGAUGAAUCUUCAUCUUCCUCAAACAGAAGAAGCUAAGGCAGAAGCCCUUGUUCUAAUGGGGACUAAAGCAAAUCUUGUAACCCCGAGGAAUGGGGAACCACUGAUUGCUGCUAUUCAGGAUUUUCUGACAGGUGCCUAUCUCCUCACUCUGAAGGACACUUUCUUUGACCGAGCCAAGGCUUGCCAAAUCAUUGCUUCUAUAUUAGUUGGCAAGGAUGAGAAAAUUAAAGUUCGCCUUCCACCUCCUACAAUAUUAAAGCCUGUCACCCUGUGGACUGGAAAGCAGAUCUUCAGUGUCAUCCUCAGACCUAGCGAUGACAAUCCAGUGAGGGCCAACCUCCGAACCAAGGGCAAGCAGUACUGUGGCAAAGGGGAAGACCUCUGUGUCAAUGAUUCCUAUGUUACUAUCCAGAACAGCGAGUUGAUGAGUGGCAGCAUGGACAAAGGAACACUGGGAUCUGGAUCCAAGAACAAUAUUUUUUACAUUCUGCUGCGUGACUGGGGGCAGAAUGAAGCUGCUGAUGCAAUGUCCCGGCUUGCCAGGCUGGCUCCUGUCUACCUCUCUAACCGUGGAUUCUCCAUUGGGAUUGGUGAUGUCACACCUGGUCAAGGACUGCUGACGGCCAAAUAUGAACUGCUGAAUGCUGGCUACAAAAAAUGUGAUGAGUAUAUCGAGGCCUUAAACACGGGCAAGCUGCAGCAGCAGCCCGGCUGCACUGCUGAGGAGACCUUGGAGGCAUUGAUCCUUAAGGAGCUGUCUGUGAUCCGUGACCACGCGGGCAGUGCCUGCCUCCGAGAGCUGGACAAGAGCAACAGCCCCCUCAUCAUGGCACUUUGUGGCUCGAAAGGUUCCUUCAUUAACAUAUCACAGAUGAUUGCCUGUGUGGGGCAGCAGGCCAUCAGCGGCUCUCGAGUGCCAGAUGGCUUUGAAAACAGGUCCUUGCCUCACUUUGAAAAACAUUCCAAGCUCCCAGCUGCCAAAGGCUUUGUGGCUAAUAGCUUUUAUUCCGGUUUGACACCUACCGAGUUUUUCUUCCACACAAUGGCCGGCCGGGAAGGCCUGGUCGACACGGCUGUAAAGACAGCUGAAACAGGAUACAUGCAGAGGCGGCUUGUCAAAUCCCUGGAAGAUCUCUGCUCACAGUAUGAUUUGACUGUGCGAAGCUCUACCGGGGACAUCAUCCAGUUCAUUUAUGGGGGAGACGGCUUAGAUCCUGCAGCAAUGGAGGGAAAAGAUGAACCUUUAGAGUUUAAAAGGGUUCUAGACAACAUCAAAGCAGUCUUCCCGUGUCAGAAUGAGCCUGCUCUCAGUAAAAAUGAGCUGACCCUCACGAUGGAGUCCAUCAUGAAGAAGACCGAGUUCCUCUGCUGCCAGGACAGCUUCCUCCAGGAAAUAAAAAAAUUCAUAAAGGGGGUUUCUGAGAAGAUCAAGAAAACCAGAGAUAAAUAUGGCAUCAAUGAUAAUGGCACAACAGAGCCCCGUGUGUUGUACCAGUUGGACCGAAUCACCCCCACCCAGAUAGAAAAGUUCCUGGAGACCUGCAGGGACAAGUACAUGAGGGCCCAGAUGGAGCCGGGUUCUGCAGUGGGUGCACUCUGUGCCCAGAGCAUUGGCGAGCCAGGCACCCAGAUGACCCUGAAGACUUUCCACUUUGCAGGUGUGGCCUCCAUGAACAUCACCCUGGGUGUGCCCCGCAUCAAAGAGAUCAUCAAUGCCUCCAAGGCCAUCAGCACUCCAAUUAUCACAGCUCAGCUGGAUGAGGAUGAUGAUGCCGAUUACGCUCGCCUUGUGAAAGGGAGAAUUGAGAAGACCCUCUUGGGAGAGAUUUCAGAGUACAUUGAAGAAGUGUUUCUUCCCGACGAUUGCUUUAUUCUCGUCAAGCUUUCCCUGGAACGGAUUAGACUUCUAAGACUGGAAGUGAAUGCUGAGACGGUGCGGUACUCCAUCUGCACAUCCAAGCUCCGUGUGAAGCCCGGCGAUGUGGCAGUGCAUGGCGAGGCUGUGGUGUGCAUCACCCCCAGAGAGAACAGCAAGAGCUCCAUGUACUACGUGCUGCAGUUCCUGAAGGAGGACCUCCCCAAGGUGGUGGUGCAGGGCAUCCCAGAGGUGUCCAGAGCUGUCAUCCACAUUGAUGAGCAGAGUGGGAAGGAGAAGUACAAGCUUCUGGUGGAAGGCGAUAACCUGCGGGCUGUCAUGGCCACACAUGGGGUGAAGGGCACCCGGACCACCUCCAAUAACACCUAUGAGGUGGAGAAGACCCUGGGUAUUGAGGCUGCCCGGACAACAAUCAUCAAUGAGAUCCAGUACACAAUGGUCAACCAUGGUAUGAGCAUUGACCGGAGGCACGUGAUGCUGCUCUCUGACCUGAUGACCUACAAGGGUGAGGUCCUGGGCAUUACGAGGUUUGGCCUGGCGAAGAUGAAGGAGAGCGUGCUAAUGCUGGCGUCCUUCGAGAAAACAGCUGACCACCUCUUUGAUGCGGCCUACUUUGGGCAGAAGGACUCUGUGUGUGGAGUGUCUGAAUGCAUCAUCAUGGGGAUCCCGAUGAACAUUGGAACCGGGCUUUUCAAGCUGCUCCACAAGGCUGACAGGGACCCAAACCCUCCUAAAAGGCCCCUGAUCUUCGACACUCAAGAAUUCCACAUUCCCCUUGUCACAUAA